AGGACAAUUCAACUAGUUAUUUAAGCCUCACCCCUCCUUGGCUUCUUCGUCAAGCCUCGACAGAGAAAAAUUCAACAUCCAAUUGAAUGCUCAUCUCAGAGGCUCCCUUUCCUAUUUAAAGCCUCGAUACCCAUUUACUAUUUUCAUUUAAAUUUGAAUACUCUUUCGGUCUUUUUGUAGUGUCUUUGUGAAGCUGUAACAAUGUAUGUCAUCAAGAGAGAUGGGAGGCGCGAGGCUGUGCAUUUUGACAAGAUUACCGCAAGAUUGAAGAAGCUGAGCUAUGGGUUGAAUUCUGAGCACUGUGAUCCAGUUCUAGUUUCGCAGAAGGUUUGCACUGGGGUCUACAAGGGUGUUACUACCAGUCAGCUGGAUGAAUUGGCUGCCGAGACUGCUGCUGCCUUGACUGCAAACCACCCUGACUAUGCUCUUCUGGCUGCCAGGAUUGCUGUCUCAAAUCUUCACAAGAAUACCAAGAAAUCGUUUUCUGAGACAGUCAAGGACAUGUACGCCCAUGUAGACAUGAGAUCUGGUCAGAUGGCACCUCUGAUAGCGGAUGAUGUUUACAAUAUCAUCAUGAAGAAUGCUGUUCGUUUAGACAGUGAAAUAAUAUAUGACAGAGACUUUGACUAUGAUUACUUUGGCUUUAAGACUUUGGAGAGAUCAUAUCUUUUACGAUUGAAUGGGGUUGUUGUGGAAAGGCCUCAGCAUAUGUUGAUGAGAGUAUCUGUGGGAAUUCACAAAGAUGACAUUGAAUCUGCUAUUAGAACUUACCAUUUGAUGUCACAGAGGUGGUUUACACAUGCUUCUCCAACUCUCUUUAAUGCUGGAACUCCAAGGCCCCAGUUGAGUAGCUGCUUUCUUCUCUGCAUGAAGGAUGAUAGCAUUGAGGGUAUCUACGACACCCUCAAAGAAUGUGCUGUAAUUAGCAAAUCAGCUGGGGGAAUUGGAGUUUCUGUUCAUAACAUUCGUGCAACAAAUAGCUACAUUAGGGGAACAAAUGGCACAUCAAACGGUAUUGUCCCAAUGCUUCGUGUGUUUAAUGAUACUGCUCGCUAUGUGGACCAGGGUGGAGGCAAGAGAAAGGGUGCCUUUGCUGUAUACUUGGAGCCAUGGCAUGCUGAUGUUUUUGACUUUCUUGAUUUGAGAAAGAACCAUGGGAAGGAAGAGAGCAGAGCUAGAGAUUUGUUCUAUGCGCUCUGGGUUCCAGAUCUCUUUAUGAAGAGGGUUCAGGACAAUGCCACCUGGUCAUUAUUUUGUCCGAAUGAAUCUCCUGGCCUAGCAGAUUGUUGGGGUGAAGAGUUUGAGAAACUGUACCUGACAUACGAGCAGCAGGGAAAAGCAAAGAAGGUUGUGCAGGCCCACAAGCUUUGGUUUGCAAUACUGGAAGCUCAGAUAGAAACGGGAAACCCUUAUCUUUUAUUCAAGGAUCAUUGCAAUAGAAAGAGUAAUCAACAGAAUCUUGGAACAAUUAAGUCCUCGAAUCUUUGCACUGAAAUUAUCGAGUACACUAGCCCAACAGAAACUGCAGUUUGUAAUUUGGCAUCGCUUGCUCUCCCGAGGUUUGUAAGAGAAAAGGGAGUUCCAGCUGAAUCUCAUCCAUCCAAGCUUGUUGGUAGCAGGGGUUCUUAUAACCGUUACUUUGAUUUUGAUAAGCUAGGAGAGGUCACAGCCAUAGUUACUGCAAACCUAAACAAAAUCAUCGAUGUGAAUUACUACCCUGUGGAAACUGCGAAACGAUCUAACAUGCGACACAGGCCAAUAGGCAUCGGAGUCCAGGGUCUUGCUGAUACAUUUAUUUUGCUUGGCAUGCCAUUUGAUUCUCAAGAAGCCCAAAAGUUGAACUCUGAGAUCUUUGAGACAAUCUAUUAUUAUGCACUCAAAGCAUCCAGCGAACUUGCUGCUAAGGAUGGCACCUAUGAAACUUAUGCUGGAAGUCCCGUGAGCAAGGGUAUACUUCAACCAGAUAUGUGGGGAGUUAAACCUUCAGAUAGAUGGGAUUGGGCUGCCUUGAGGGAAAUGAUUGCAAGGAAUGGAGUGAGAAAUUCCCUUCUACUCGCUCCUAUGCCAACAGCCUCAACCAGUCAAAUUCUUGGGAAUAAUGAAUGUUUUGAGCCAUACACAUCUAAUAUCUAUAGCAGGAGAGUAUUAAGUGGCGAGUUUGUAGUGGUGAAUAAGCAUCUUCUCCAUGACUUAACUGAUACCGGGAUCUGGAAUCCUGAUUUAAAGAAUAAGAUCAUUUAUCACAAUGGCUCUGUUCAAAAUGCUAGCGAGAUCUCUGAUGAUCUCAAGGCUAUUUACAGGACUGUCUGGGAAAUCAAGCAGCGUACAAUUGUUGACAUGGCAGCUGAUCGGGGCUGUUACAUAGAUCAGAGCCAAAGUCUGAAUAUUCACAUGGAUCAACCCAAUUUUGGGAAGCUAACUUCACUGCAUUUUUACACUUGGUCAAAGGGCCUAAAGACUGGAAUAUAUUAUUUACGGUCUAGGGCUGCUGCAGAUGCAAUCAAGUUUACAGUGGACACUACCACUAUAAAGGAAAAGCCCAAGUUGGCAGAUGAAGAUGUGGAUGCAAAAAUUGCACAAAUGGUAUGCUCUUUAGAGAACAAGGAUGAAUGCCUGGCUUGUGGGAGCUAAAGCACUAAUGGAGCCCAUUUCUAUUCCGAAGUAUUCAAGCACACAAGGCUUUGUUGAAGCAAUUGGAUGACGUAGUGUGCAAAUCCUAUUGCAAAGGCUCGUGACCUGAAUGAUAGGCGUGUUGUAAAUUUAAUUUCUAUCGUGGUUGAAAUUGCGAUCUUCGAGAUUGGAUCUGAAUCUUUUCAUGAGAUCCAUAAUAAGUCUUAAUACCUAUUGCCAAGCUGAUCAGGUUAUGUAAAAUUGGUGCUCUGAUAGUUUCUGCGGUGUAAUUGCAAUGGCUUAUAAUUAAUUUGCAUUAAUAUUUGCGUAUAUAA